GCGCGGGCGGCAGGCGCUGCCAGUGCGGACCUGGUGGCGGUGACAGGUGGCGCGCCUCCGGCUCCACCAUGGAGCCCGCCGUGUCUCUGGCCGUGUGCGCGCUGCUCUUCCUGCUCUGGAUCCGCGUGAAAGGGCUGGAGUUCGUGAUCAUCCACCAGCGCUGGGUGUUCGUGUGCCUCUUCCUGCUGCCGCUCUCGCUCAUCUUCGACAUCUACUACUACGUGCGUGCCUGGGUGGUGUUCAAGCUCAACAGCGCGCCGCGGCUGCACGAGCAGCGCGUGCGGAACAUCCAGAAGCAGGUGCGGGAAUGGAAGGAGCAGGGCAGCAAGACCUUCAUGUGCACGGGGCGCCCGGGCUGGCUCACCGUCUCGCUGCGGGUUGGGAAGUACAAGAAGACUCAUAAAAACAUCAUGAUCAACCUGAUGGACAUUCUGGAGGUGGACACCAAGAAACAGAUUGUCCGUGUGGAGCCCUUGGUGACCAUGGGUCAGGUGACCGCCCUGCUGAACUCCAUCGGCUGGACUCUGCCUGUGUUGCCUGAGCUCGAUGACCUUACAGUGGGGGGCUUGAUCAUGGGCACGGGCAUCGAGUCUUCAUCCCACAAGUACGGCCUGUUCCAGCACAUCUGCACUGCCUAUGAGCUGGUCCUGGCUGAUGGCAGCUUUGUGCGAUGCACACCGUCAGAAAACUCUGACCUGUUCUACGCCGUGCCCUGGUCCUGUGGGACCCUGGGCUUCCUGGUGGCCGCAGAGAUCCGAAUCAUCCCCGCCAAGAAGUAUGUGAAGCUGCGGUUUGAGCCGGUGCGGGGCCUGGAGGCCAUCUGCGACAAGUUCGCCCUUGAGGCGCAGCGGCCGGAGAACGACUUCGUGGAGGGGCUGCUGUACUCCCUGGAGGAGGCCGUCAUCAUGACGGGGUUGAUGACGGACAAGGCAGAGCCCAGCAAGCUGAAUAGCAUUGGCAAUUACUACAAGCCGUGGUUCUUCAAGCACGUGGAGAACUACCUGAAGACAAACCAAGAGGGCCUGGAGUACAUUCCCCUGAGACACUACUACCACCGGCACACACGUAGCAUCUUCUGGGAGCUCCAGGACAUCAUCCCCUUCGGCAACAACCCCGUCUUCCGCUACUUCUUUGGCUGGAUGGUGCCUCCCAAGAUCUCCCUCCUGAAGCUGACCCAGGGCGAGACUCUGCGCAAGCUGUACGAGCAGCACCACGUGGUGCAGGACAUGCUGGUGCCCAUGAAGUGCCUGCAGCAGGCCCUGCACACCUUCCAAAACGACAUCCACGUCUACCCCAUCUGGCUGUGCCCGUUCAUCCUGCCCAGCCAGCCGGGCCUGGUGCACCCCAAGGGGGACGAGACCGAACUCUACAUCGACAUUGGAGCGUAUGGGGAGCCGCGCGUGAAACACUUUGAAGCCAGGUCCUGCAUGAGGCAGCUGGAGAAGUUCGUGCGAAGCGUGCAUGGGUUCCAGAUGCUCUAUGCCGACUGCUACAUGAACCGGGAGGAGUUCUGGGAGAUGUUUGAUGGCUCCCUGUACCACAAGCUGCGCAAGCAGCUCGGUUGCGAGGAUGCCUUCCCGGAGGUGUACGACAAGAUCUGCAAGGCUGCCAGGCACUGAGCCGGAGCCUGCCAGGAGACCUGUCCCCAGGGCUGGGGAGCGUCUUCCCUUCAUGCAAGCUUGGCUGCUCUCCCAGAUCCAUAUUUCAGAAAGAAACCCCUCCAGAAAUCCCACCCAGACAGCCCCUACGGCUUGCUCCCAGCUUCUAGGGGCAGCCUAGUGGAGUGGAAAGGACGUGGGACUUGGAGUCAGACAAACCUGAGUUCAGUUCCCAGUUCAGCCACUCAGUAGCUGUGUGCCUCUGGGCAAGUCACUCAACCCUUCUGAGCCCAGCUCUUCAUCUGUUGAAAGGGGAUAACAGUAUCUUCCUGCAGGCUGUCAUCAUCCAAGUCCGGGGCCUGUCACACUGGAGAUGCUGGAUGAGCAGGAGCUAUCAUUGUUGCUGCUCGUUCAGCAUCACAGCUGACUGAGUGCUCUGGAUUCAGCACUUGAGGCCAAGGAGCCUCCGCGGUACGUCACCUGGGCACAGGUUUGCUGGAAUGAUGAAGGGGACGCCCCAGAGCUGCACUGCCACUGCUGCAGGCAGCCAGAAGAGCUCUCAGAGGACGGCCUUCCUCUCCGUCCCUGGGUCUCAGGAGGGCACAGGUGGGGCAGGCAGGCCCAAGAUGAGCUGUGCCAAAGCCAGGUCCAAAGUUCUCUCUGCCGUCCUUGGUGACGUCCUGCCCCUUCCUCCCUCAACUCAGGCCUGCAGUCUUCCCCCCUAGCCAUUGCCCAAGUCUACUCAGGACCAUGCCCUUGGAGAAGACAUUUCAGGGCUGAAUCCUGUCCCGGCCUGGGCCUGGGACACCUGCCCAGGUGGAGUGAGUGGUUUCUGCCCUGAAUUGGAUCCAGAGGACCUGGGCUCAUUCUUAGCUCUCCAACCCCUCAUGCCUCCUGUCCCCAGAACCCGCUUGGUCGCGGUGGGGGAGCUGUGGAUGGCACCACGCAGGGAAAUGGAGCCCGCCUUUGUCAGGUCUCAUGAGGAUUCUCACUAUGGGGCUGAAAGAGAAGAGCAUCAACUUGAUUUCCUGAACCACUCAUCCCUUUUUUUGUCGCACUUCCCCUGCCCCAGCUGUAGUUAAUUUUAGUGCCUUACAAAUCCUAAGCUCAGAGAAAAGUAAGCGCCAUUUGCAUUGCAGAGGGAAGGGGACCCCCCCAGGUCCUUCCCCACUUAGGAAAGCUUGGCUGUUUAUGCAGCUCCAUCUUAACAACUGCCCAGCCUCAGCUGAAAACCCAGAACCUGAGAAGGAAUUGUGUCAUGUAAGGGAAGCCGGAGUUAAGUGAGCUGUGUCAGCAGUGACAUUCUGAGAGGGAGCAUUGCACCAGGAGUCAGGAGACCUGGUGGCUUUCAGUCCCUGCUCUGUUAACGAGCUGUGCAACCGUGGGCAAGUCACUUGUCUCUCUGAGCUGCAUUUCCUCCUCCAUCACAAGACCUCCCCCAGGCCCUCCUGCUGUAGAAGUGCAUGGCUUCUUAGACACGUGGUUGCAAAUCUUGUGAAAAGCUUCAUUUGUGUCAGAGGAAAAAUAAAUGAUCCAAGUGGA